GUGUUGCUGCUACUAUGAGCGCCGACAGCGAGCGAAUAUUUGAGGGUAUCAAUGCCUAUAUCUCGACUGCACUCCCUGAACUUUACCGUACGAAGCUCAUGUCCCUCAUCUCGACCAAGCACGGUCAUCUCGUCAACUUCAGCGACAGCUCCCUCACGCACUAUGUGACAGAUAUCCUGCCACCGUCCGACUCUCUCGAUUACGUCGAACCGCGUACAGGAUUGCAUUUUGUUACACCCUUCUGGGUACAGCGUAUUUGCACGCUCGGCACGCGCCAGGAGCCCGCGUUCUACUCCCCGCAUCCGACAAUGCUCUUCUCGGGCGUUGUUGCCACGUCCUGCGACCUGUCCCAAGCAGACAACGAAAUUAUGGCUGCUGGAAUCUCUUCCCUUGGCGGCCAGUGGCGCAAGGCGAUCACUCGUGAUAUCACCCAUGUCUUUGCCCUCAGCAGCGGCACGAUCAAAUUCCAGACCGCGAUGCACUUCAAGGACACGGCAAACAUGAAGGUUGUCGUUCCACAUUGGUUCGAUGACACUGUGCGUCUUGGUAUCCGCAACCUGCCCACUGAGCCCUACGAAUGGCCGCGUCCACGCGUCUUUGAAGGACAAGCAGCACAAACGCUCCGGCAGCUCGCGUCGUCCCCGGUAGAGGCUGAGGAGAACAGCGCCGCUCGGCGCACGCGUCCUCCCUCGGAGCAGAAGAAGGCAUUAUACGACACAAUAUUCAACGAGACGAGCGACCUGCCAAGCCAGCGCCCCGCGUCGGCUAGGAUUUGGGAGGGACGCAAGGUCAUGUUUGGCUCCAACCUCGGCUUUAACUCUUCCCAGCGCGAGGCGCAUAUAGCGGAUGUUCUGCGUGCCGGCGGUGAAGUUGUCGAGUAUGAUAACCCGGAGGAAGAGCUCGAGAAGGUGGAAGAGGCGGACAUUUACAUCGCGCAGCACCGUUCUGGAUCUGCGUUUGUCAAGGCAUACAGACUUAAGAAACUCAUUGGGAACCUCCAUUGGUUCUGGUACGUGCGUAGCACCGGAAUCUUAUCGCGCCCCACCGACCAGUUGUUACAUUAUCCGAUACCUAAGAAGCCUAUUAGUGGGUUCUCGCGUCACGUUAUCACCGUAACAAACUAUUCUGGAAAAGACCGGGAAUACAUCAAGAAAAUGCUGCUAAUCCUUGGCGUCCCAUAUACUCCUACCAUGUCCGGCAACAACACCGCCGUAAUCGCAGCGUACCGUAUAGGGGAAAAGGUGAAGAAGGCCGACGACUGGGCGGUGCCAGUUGUCAACCACAUCUGGCUAGAAGAGUGUUUCGCGCAAUGGCGCGAUAUCGCACCCACGCUCGACCGAUACACGGCCUUCCCACCUGGCGUCGAUUUUGGCGAGCUUCUUGCCGAGGACGGCGGGCGGGCUGUGCUUGGCAUGGUUGCGGGCAUGAGCGGCGGCUUCCGCAUUGGCUACGAUCAGACCGAGCUCGACAAGAUGGAGCGUGAAAUUGAAGAAGGGGUAGAGGCAGACGUGGCUCCACCAGCUGUGGACGGUAAGACCAACGAGAUGCGCUUGGAGGUCAUGGAAACGCCGAAGCGUGGAAUCCUCAAAAAGAGUAAAGGUGCGACUGAGCAUGCGACCGCGACAUCGCGCCGGCUGGCGGCAGACCGCGAGCGCCUCGCUGCCGAUCGUGGCGAAGACGGGACUAAGAACGCGAGCACCGAUGUGUAUGUCGACAUGAGUGUUGCGCUGGACGACGACGGACGACUAUCAAUGUCGGGGUCUGAGCUCGGAUUCGGCGACGAGCAGGGCGGGGACGAGAACGAGCCCAUGGGUGUCGGUGACUCACGCGGCAGAUUGGACACCAAACGACGAGGCGAGACCCAAGCGAGGCCGUCGACGCCUGCACGAGGGCGAGGCAGACCCCCGAGCUUGAAGAUGUCGAGGACUUCCGCGCGCACAAGGACUCCGUCGGCGCCGAAGUCGAACGCGAAAUCUCCCGUGCAGAGCCAUAGGUCACCGAGACAAAAUCUAAGGACUAGUGCUAUGCCGCUCCCAUCGGAAGACGAGGACGAGAACGAAGACGGGAACGACGAGCCCUCUACUCCUGUCCGGUCCCGUCAUGCAGAGAAAUCGAAGGUCGUGCCCGCGGCGGAGCGCAAAGACCGAGAGCAGUCGAACGACGGCCCGGUGAGAGCCGGCCGCUUGACGUCGCGCAAGGCGGCCAUGAAGGGCAGAAUGCAGAAGAAGGGUGACAACGACAACGACGACGUCUUCGACGUCGGUUCGAGCGCGCGCAAGGGCACAGUUAUCAAGACAUAUCGCGCCAAGUCGCGUAGUAGGUCGCGGAGCCGCAGCCGGCUACCUAUCCGCGACGAAGACGACUAUGAGCCGAAGAACAAGGCAGGGCCGAGGGCGAUUCUAGGCGACGAAGGGUCGCCGCUAAAGAAGAACCCCGUCAGGACCGCAAAGACCAGCGCGAGGCAGAAGCUUGAGGUCCCUGCCGACUCCAGCACCGAAGAUGAGCAGCCAGUGGAGGCAAAGCCCGGAAGUUUACGUCGCGCGUCUGUGAAUAGCGAAGACGACGCCAUUGCCAUCGAGGAGCUGACAGCUUCUCCAAUGCGAGUGGGAACACCUCGCCGCCGCGCGUCGGUUGUCCUGCCUACUCUGAAGGAAGUCCUGUCGACAUCGCAGCAGAACGUGAACGCAUCCCAGCCGCAGGUCGAUUUGCCCGAAGAGCCGCCAGCGUUGAAAGGCAAGGAAGUGCCUAAGAAUUCCCCCACUAAGCGCGGCCGCCCGCCUUCGUCGCGCUCCGCAAAGCAAGCGGCGACGAAAUCCAUACCCGCUGCACGCACGCCCAGCCCGCCACCGCCGCCGGUAUCCAAGCCGAAGCCUGGUCGACCCUCUGCUACUGCCGCUGCGGUGCAGACUGAGGCAGGCCCCAUCCAUGCCGAGUUGGUAGUGGCACCCCCUGUGAAGACAUACGGACGCCGCUCGGCGGCGACAGAGGCGGCUCGACGGCUGCACGAUGAGAUUAUGCCAGACGCUAACAGCUUCGCGAAGGAGCUCAAAUCUGGGCACGUCAGAGGGUACGAGGAUCCUGCAUCUGCAAAGGGCAAGGGCAGGGAGCGGGAGAAAGAUGGGAGUGCGAAAGGGCGGAAGCGUCCGACCUUGGGUGACAAUGAGGAAGAAGACGACGAGCGCGACGUCAAGAAGCGCAAGACUGACGCAGGGUCCGUGUCGACGAAAAGCAAGGGUCGGAAGUCUGAUAUCCCCCUCGAGGAGAAUGAGGUCGAGGUCGUCGAUGAUCCAAAGAGGGGGCGGCCUGCGGCAAAGGCGAAGCCUGAAGCAUCUACUAGUGCCGACUCUCGCGACAAGGGUGUCGUGAUCAUGACGACACAGGUCACGCUCACGGAAGACCAGAAUAAGGCGCUAAUGAAAUUAGGUGCCAAGUUCACAGCGAAGCCUCUCGAGUGCACACACCUCGUCGCCCACAAGAUCGUCCGCACGGAAAAAUUUUUGUGUGCCAUGGCAGUCGCACCGCAUAUCGUCACGGAGAAGUGGGUCGCCGCCUGUGUCAGCAAGAAGUCCAUACAACCGGAGGCCCCAUUUGCACUGAAGGACCUUGAAAGCGAGAAGCGGUACGGUUAUAGGCUCAAUGACGCCCUGAUCCGCGCGCGUGCCAAUGGACGGAAACUAUUCCAGGGCGCAACGUUUUACAUGACGCCCAAGAUUCCAGUCGAUUCUAAGUUGCUGAAGGCCGUUGUAACUGCGGGCGGCGGGCAGCUGCUAACGCAAUCGCCUACACUGCGGAUACUGAAAGGACACGACAACCGAUUUGUGGUGUCAUGCCCUGCAGACGUAUCGAUAUGGCGGCCGCUUGCCGAGCACGGACAUCCGAUUUAUUCACAAGAACUGAUCCUGACGGGCGUGUUGAAGCAGGAGCUCGACUGGGACGAGAAAACACACAAGGUGCCCGGGUCGUUCUGAACAUACUGAUGCUUCGUGACUUCCUUGCUUAGGUUUUUGUUCUUAUUUUGCCAUUGCACAUUUCAUGUACUGUAUACCAAUACAUUAUUUCCCC